AUGAUUCCUCCACCUUAUUUGACUAGCGACCCCAAAUCGUUUGGAUACCCCACGGUACAUAAGAGAUGGCCCAUUAUUGUAUCUGAUGCCAUCAAAGAUGUUGAAGCCACCAUAAAUGCAAACCAGGCAGAAGCCAUCAAAAAUCUGGGAAAAAUCAUCGUUGGAAAAUUACAGAAGCUCUUACAAGAUUUCAAAGAUGAUGCUCAAGUGCGGCCGUUUACGGAACAAGAAAUUGAGCUUAAUGGUGAUUUGAAAGUUUAUAAUGAACAAUUGAACGCAUUCCCUCCAUCUAUAACCUGGCAAGAUGGUCUGUGGCUUUUCCUUGAAUGUUAUCUUUAUCAAUAUAUGAAUAACUUCUUCCUUAUUGAGAGCGUUGAGGUUCCAUUCUGGAAGACGUUUGAUGUGUUUGCUAACUUGAAAUGGCUCUCGUUCAAAUCAUCUGAACCGGGAGUAAUGGAAUUGGCGCACCAUUACCAUUCUUUAUCAUCUCAGUUAAAUCUCAGUGGUGCCACUGGUGCCACCACAGAUGCAAAGAAAGCCAUAUUUUCUGAGUUUGUAGAGAUAGCUCUUUGGGGGAAUGCUACCGAUUUAAGUCUUUUGGCAGGUACAACAUCUCUUGAAGACAUUCAAAGUGUACAAGGUAAGAAUGCUAGAACUGCAAACCAAUCUAAAAUUCUUAUCAAUGACACUGAAAAAGCCUGGAAUCGUCUUUUAAGCACAGCAGAUGCUGGUGAUGGUGCUGUGUCCGAGUCAACCGGAGUUCACAUUGUCCUUGACAAUGCUGGUUUUGAACUCUAUACUGAUUUGGUAUUCAGUUUAAUCCUUUUAGAUUUGGGAAUCACAAAUAAAGUCACAUUACAUGCUAAGAAGUUACCUUGGUUUGUAUCUGAUGUUCUUAUUGCAGAUUUAUCUCAUUUGCUAUCUCAAAUAGUUGAUCCAUCGUUUUUCUGCCUCAAUGAAUCGGUCCAAUAUGUUCACAAGAUCGUAUCAGGAUACUUGGCCAAUGGGAAAUUAUCUAUCACUACAAGUUCAUACUGGACUCGUCCCGAUGCGUUCUGGUCAAUUCCAAGUUGUGCUGAAGCCAGUUUGAAGAGUCAAUUGGAAGCUGCUCAAUUGGUUAUUUUCAAAGGAGAUUUGAACUAUAGAAAGUUAACUGGUGAUGUUUCUUGGGACCCUACAACGCUGUUCGCCACUGCCUUACAACAAUUAGGAGAGACCAAGAUCCCUAUUCUUGCUUUAAGAACAUGUAAAGCAGAUGUUGUUGUUGGUUUACAACCAGGUACCUUUGAAAGGGUUGCUAAGGAGUAUAAGGCUAUGGGAGAUGGACUGUGGGUGAGUAGUGGGAAAUGGGCAGUUAUAUCUUACCAUAAAGGAAUGUAA